AGCCUGGCCUCACCCUGGAGAAGGGAGCUCAGGCAGAGCCUGUGGGGCAAUCUGGGGCUUGGGGAAGGCUGGGAUCUUCCCAGGGCUUCUGGCUCUUGGAGCCACCUCCUUAGCUGGUCUCUGAAGGGUGGCCUCAAAUGGCAGCUCUGUGGGCUGGGCACCUGCCAGGGAGGCCUGGCCAGACAGCUCAUUUCCAUGGGAGGGAGGGCACUUUUUCUCUGCCACCCAUCCAGCCUCCCUCUGCCACCCCCUGGCUUUCUUCCGUACUUGCUCCGUCCUCUAGGGCCAGACUAGUUCCAGUAUACCUCAGGCAAGCACCGCCAGGCCCCACGCAGCUCCAGGAGGCCAGUCGCCAGCAGCUCAGUGAAAACCCAGAAGCUGCCUGCAAGACAGCCAUGCUGGCCCUCAGCCUGGUCAUUCUCAGCCUGCUCAGCGCAGUGCUGCCUGCCAGCUGUCAGCAAGCUCCUCCCAGAGAAACCUCUAGCUACAGAACAGGAUCUUCCAGAUGCAAGACUCAACCUGGCAGUUCUGAGCCAAAGAGGAGGAGGAGGAGGACAGCUACACCCAGUGGGCAAGACCUGGGCCAGCUUCCAGAGGGCUGCCCUUUACACCGUGGGGCUCAGGCACCUGUUGGAGGCCCUGUGUUUGACCCUGGGGGAGGCAGCAAGGCUCUGGCUGCCCAGAUCUCAGACACAGCCCCUUAACUUCACCCCCUUCUGGCUGCUCAGGCCUCCUUUGAACUUCCGGCUGCUUUUCCUUCCAGUGCAGUCCUUAUUCUCAGGCCCAGAGGGGUCAGAUGGGCCUUCCCUCCCACCACUGGGAACCCAGCAUGUCUUCCUGGGUUCUGCAGUGGCCGAUGGACGCCAACACAAGCCCCCUCUGUUAGGUUAGAGGCAGGACUGCCCUUGCAGCCCCCUUUCCU